CAGAGGUCACACGUAAAGCAGAAACGAAAACACAAACUAAAGGCUGGACCAUUAACGACGAAGAAAACAUCUGAGAUAAUUCGUGACCACUUCCACGUUGAAAGCAAAGAGAAGAAUGAAUGUUUUAUCUUCCUUUGUCACCUCAGUGAACUGAUUUUCAUAUACUGCCGUCGCAGGUUAGUCAAACUGCUUGAAGCAUGCUAUACAUUGCACACACCCCCAUUUGUGAUCACACAGUAAACACUUUAUAAACAGUGCAUGAACACAGAUUCGUAAAUUCUUUGUGUCUUCUCCUAUACGUCAGGAGAUUCAUAUACUGCAAAAAUCAUUUCACUAGCUAUACUUUGUAGAGUACGUCCUGAUAUAUUUUUUGUCUUAGUGGCUACGGACUCGCUAAACAACAACCUAUAGCGAUGGUACGCUUUGUGCCAAAUUUCUGUUCGUUCCUCGCGAUUGUAUGACCGAUGCGUAUCGACGAUAAACCGACUCAGUAACAUUUGACGAUGAAGUCUCAACUAUUUCUUCAAGUUUUCCUUUGCAUUUGUUUAAAAAUCAUUACCUUAAUUACUUCGAAAGUUUCCUUAUCUCAGCAGCCAACAUUAAGACAACCUGAACGGUGCGUGCUUGUAAGAGAAAUAUUUUACUAAAUUUUGAACACUCUUUAGCCUGGGGGCUGACAAAAUAAUUUUUCUUUGACCACGAAUUCACCUAUAUUUCAGCACGGCAGUCUAAACUCUGUUUACUCAAAACAAAUUUACUGCGGAUAAUAGACAUUUAGGCAUACUUUAGCUCAGCUGUCACGAUUGCUGAGUGUUUCGUGGCACGGAUUAAGCUCAAAUCCUGUAUUUACAAUAUAAAUAGCAACAUACACUUCUUCCGUUCCGUCGCUCGAGUAUCAAAGUGGGUGUUCAGAGGAAAGGUUUCUUGUCAGAAUUGAAAAAUUGCAAUCGCUGCCGUUGCCCAAACACUUUUUUCUCAAUUAAUAUCAAUCUUACGUGCGUUCUUAAGAGCAUUUCUCUCCGUUGCCUCUUUUCGCGUGCAUGUGUGGCCAUUAUCAACAGUGAAGUGCUGUCAAAAGCAGCAAUAUCCAUCUAGUAUUUUCUAAACUUUGCCAUCAGUUCUUGUUGCUGGUGCCAAUGCCUUCGGCGAGACCUCUGUUCCACUAGUUGGCACAAAUAUGAGUCUCUCUGAGAGAAUAUAAUUUGAGAAGAAAGAAACAUUUAAUCAUGAUUCAUCGAUUUUCUAUAACACGACACCGAGAUGUACCUUCGGUCACAGGGCGGAAACAUUGGCAAAAGAUUACCACUAAAAAAAAACAUGAUCUUAAAUGGAUUAUUUCAGUUGAAAGCUACUGAUGUUGGGCACCAGUGCCACGCGAGACGAUCCUAUAUCGCUGCUCUCUUUACCAGGCCCUGAAACGAUUUCCGAGGAAAUGGGCAAUUAAUUGGGGGGGGGGGAGGAGGUAGUAUUCUUAAUCAUCCCCCUUAUGUGGAGUUAAUUUUCUUUAGUCCCCCUUAAAGCCUUUAACUCCCAAGAUCUGAUUUUUUAAUUCUCCCUUCGAGCUGCUAGACAUUUCCUUGGAAAUUAGUUACGAGAAUUUAGUGUAAGAUCAAAAUGAAAACUUCUCCCUGAUAAGUCUGAGUAUUCUCAUUACCUUUUUGUUGGAUAGUGUAUGGAUGUUAUGAGGAGAAGUUACGUGUUAAUCACUUCUGGAGUGAAAGGUUUAAUAAUACUCUGUUUUGCAACGACUUAUCCCCCUCCGUUCUCCCAUGCAAUCCCUCAAAAAAUCUUCCGACAAACCCCCACCCCACUCAGGCGAUAAAUAAUGACAUAUUCUUAAACGAUGGGUUUUCAGUAUUCAAUUUAGCUCAAAACCCACCUGGUACACAAUUAGGGGAUAGUGAAUUGCUGUUACAAGGGUCGUCUCUCCUAAGGGUGGCAAGCCGUUUCCACGGUGUCACCCUCGAAUUGACCAAGAUUUUUCGUUUUUAUUUCUCUGAAAUACUUGCAGCUGUUCCCUUCCUGACAUUGGGUAUCAAGUGCUCCCUAACGUAUUCCUAAGAUGAAGUCUUAUCCACCGAUGAAAACACUACCACAGUUUAAUAUUAUUAUUUCCUAGUUUCUUGCUAGGACCCGGCCAGAAGCAUGGAAACUACCCGAGCGAUGACGCGUUUCUGAGGUCACGUGACUAAAUCAUCAGCAAGAGAAGUGAAACGUGAAAUUAUCAAGAAGGAGGGAGAGCACUUUGAUCUCAACUUGACUGGUCUCAAAGGGGCAAUACACUUUACUUUCAAGCCUGUUUGUACGAUACGUGCUGCAUUGAUGUCUGAAAAAGGAGAUUCCACGUUGGAAACGGAAAGCGUCCCGGUGAAGCCCGCGGUUUCGGCUCAAAGAGCCAGACGUUCAAGUCUGUUCGAGGUUGGGUUUCCAGUUCAACGAGACCGUGGAUCCAGCAUCGUUUCCAUCCCCAGCAUUGUACCGAGCCAUUUACACACACUUCAUCAGAAAGUCACCUUUGAAAACACCUUCAAAAUGGAGCCAGACAAGCGAUUUCACAUCGGCGAAGUGAAAGAAAUCCUGGACGAAAUGCUGUCGUCUUCGUUGAAGGAUGUGAAGUACGAUGCCAUCAAAUGUCGUGCUUUGAGCAAAUCUCUUUCUCACACAAUCUGUGAGAGAGUUAAGCUUCUGGGAUUUACGCGCUUCAAGAUAAUUUCCAGUGUGAGCAUCGGGCAGAUAAAGGGCCAAGACGUUAGAAUUGCUAGCCGCUUUCUGUGGGAUGAAAAACAUGAUUCGUGGGUAGAUGCAGUGUUUACAAAUUCAGAAGUAUUCGCUGUUGCGGUAGUCUAUGGAAUUUAUCAAGAAUAAAGCGAAGGAAAAGGUAGCGUUAACUUAAUGACAAGAAACUUUAUUUUUUGUUUAUUGAAUCGUUCGAUUCAAAAGAAAAUAGGAGCGUUUAUAUCAUUUAAAACCCGAUAAAGUUAGGUUAAUUUGAAUGUACACAACUUCGCUACAAUGGUUGUAAGUAAAAAUUCGUUUAAAGUUUAGGAUCAUCUUACUUGAAUACUCGUUCGGCUUCUAUAAGUUUCAAUUUAAAUUUUCUACGAAUACUUCAUUGCAAUGAAUUACUUGCAGUGCAAUUUAUUCAUAGAGUUAUUUUCAAAAUACCCAUUUCGAUUUCACUUUGUAAUGACCUUUGAAAGUUGUCAUCUUCUUGAGGAAAGUACCCCCUUAAAUUGAAGUGCCUAC